CUACGCUGGAGGAUUGCUUCAUUACAGUCGUGGAGGGGGUUUUAUUCUUAAAAGAACUGCGCAGCAUCACCAUUAUUAUCUGCGUGCAGCAUCCAAGACAGGUGCAGAAAGUAAAGACUGUAACGUAAAGACACACCUUGACUAACUGAGAAGAAUUAAACAGGGUAGAUUUAAAACUGUCACAAUGACGCAGGGAAAGGUUUCAGUAACAAGUAAGUCAAACAAUGGCUCAGACGUUCAUCCCCAGUCCCCAGCUCCUCCAUCGUAUAAUGAGGCUGUUGCUGGUGAAAUCCCUUGUUAUAGUGGAUCAUAUUCUGGUGAUGGAGAGAUGCUCACAGAAUUCAGCUGGGAUGACCAAAAUAUCAGGAGGAUAUUUAUCCGCAAGGUGUACACCAUCCUGAUGGUCCAGCUUUCUGUCACACUUGCUUUUGUGGCGCUUUUUGUUUUCUGUGAACCAGUGAAAUUUUACAUUCAGACCAACCCAGGCUGGUACUGGGCAUCAUAUGCAGUGUUUUUUGUCACAUAUCUCACGCUGUCCUGCUGCCGUGGCCCUCGGAGGCAGUUUCCAUGGAACCUGAUUCUGCUCAUAAUCUUUACUCUGUCACUUUCAUAUAUGACAGGGAUGUUGUCCAGCUACUACAACACUAAAUCUGUCAUCAUCUGCCUGGGUAUUACUGCCUUGGUGUGUCUCAGCAUUACUAUUUUUAGCUUCCAAACCAAGUUUGACAUUACUUCCUGCCAAGGCGUUCUGUUAGUUUUCUGUGCAACUUUGUGCAUUUGUGGACUUGUCCUGGCCUUCGUAUUGCCCUUUGGAUAUGUUCCAUGGUUGCAGGUUGUGUAUGCUGCUUUGGGAGCUAUACUGUUCUGCAUGUUCCUGGCAUUUGACACACAGAUGUUGAUGGGAAGCAAGCGGUAUACCAUAAGUCCAGAGGAGUACAUCUUUGCCACCCUAAGCUUAUACCUAGACAUUGUUUACAUCUUUUCCUUCUUUCUCCAGUUAUUUGGAACUCCUGAACGAGCGUAAAAUUGAUUAAAGUUCUUGCAGAUCUCUUGAUGUGCACAAGCCCAUGAAUUUCAAUAGAUUUUUUUUUGUCUGAGCAAUCCUGUUUUCUCCAGCAUGAUAUGGAUUUACAGUGCACACUGUUGUGUUUCAAGCUAACCCCAGCUUCUCUUCAGCUGCAAUGUGGCACACUUUCAUCCUGUAGCAUUAGGGAGGUCUCCAAUUGCAAUAAUGCACAUAUGUACUGUACAAACGUGCAUUGGUUGAAUUUUGACAACAUUGUGUAGUUGUAAAAAUCUGUGUUAUUAAAUGCACUGUCAACAUCUCAGUGUAGGCUCAGAAAACACAAGCACUUCAGUACUGCUGAAGGAUCUCAGUGGCAAUAAAAGUGUAUUAAGCUUUUGCUUGAAAGUGAAUAUUUUUGCUAGAUAUGUCCAUGUGCAAUAAUGUGCACAAAAAGCAUUACGUUAAAGCUGCUUUAAACUUUUUAAACUUUCAACUGUUUUCCUGUUUGUCCCUUCAAAAGUUUCGUAAUUGAUGUAACUGCAUGAGGACAUUGAAAGAAAUCAUGAAAACUGAUGGAGAUAUUGUGCUUAAUAUUUUCAUAUCACAGUCUUUAGUUUUUUUUAUGAUUGGCUGACAUGCUAAAAAAAUGCAGAAAAGGCAAAGUUGCAUUUACAUUAUCUACGUUUUUGUGUAUUACAUUUUUUUAAUUUCACUUAAAAUCGUUUUCACUGACAUUUUAAAGUCACUAUUUAUUUUGUUGAUAUGUUUCUAUCAAAUCCAAAAACUUUUUUCUAUGUAUUAUCAUAGCUCAAAUUUAUAUUUUUGAAGGUUUAUAUUUUUGAAGAAUAUGGGGCUGUGAAUAAUGUAGGAAGUGAACACAACUGCACAAAGUUUACUUCAAGAAAUAUGUUUGAAAUGCAGUGCUAAAUUUAAGAUUGAAAUAUGGGUUACUGCAGUAAAAACUGUGUUGUCUAUCCCGUAGUUUUGAUUGGUAAAUAUGAAAUAAAAUAAUGUGUUUGAAAAAUCAAUGUGACCGUAUUUUCUCUUGAACAAGAAUAAAUAAUUCCAUUAACGUUU